UUGAGCGAUAUAUUGUGGCACUGGGCCCUUUGCAAUGUGAACAGUUUAGUUAGGAACGAAGUAUGAAUUGAAUAGGAGAUAAUCCAUUGGAACCAGGAAUUGGGGGCUUUGACGUUUCUUCUUGACCGAUGAGGAGCAGUUCUUCGCCAGUUCGUAAAUGGCAUCUCAAGCCUGGGCCGAUGGGCUAAUUCAUGCGAUAAACAACAAAGCAAAGCAAUUAUUCGUUUCGGAUUUGGCCGUAGUCAUAAAGGAUAAAUAUCCCAAGGCUCUUCAUCACUUCUUAGUACUGCCCUGGAAGGACAUCGAUUCCGUCUACGAUCUUUCUGCCGAAGACAAUGUAUUGUUGCAAGAUAUGUAUGAGCUCGGAAUGAAAGCCGUCGGAACAAGUGGAUUGGCACCUGAUCGGUUCGAUUAUGGCUAUCAUAUGAAACCCUCCAUGAGGCGCUUACAUUUACACAUCAUCUCAAAGGAUUACCAUUCGCCGUGCCUGUCCCAUCGUUACCAUUGGAACGCAUUUAACACGGAGUUCUUAAUCAAGCAUGAAUAUGUUAUAGAAAAACUACACGAACGGGGAAGUGUAGAUCGCCCUUCUAUGCAGUACAUUAUGCAGCUGCUUGAAACACCAUUGCAAUGUAAUCAAUGUUCGUUUAGACCGAAAAAAUGGGCUGACCUCAAACUGCACCUACAACAACACGUGGAAACAGGAUUCGACAGUACAGCUAGCUGAGACCGAUGCAGAUAGAGAAUAACGCAUUUCGAUGCAGCUGUUCCUUGGAGCUCAAGAGUCUUUAACUCUGUUAGAGAGGUUCGAGGCCAGAAUGAUGUACAGAUUUGUUGAUCGAGCUGGCACGGGGAUAAUUUCUCUGUGGUAAAUUUUAUGAACGAGCCAAAUUGCCGAUAAUUCGUCAAAGUGCUCCUCAAAAUAGAACUAAAAAGAAACUUGUU